AUGGCGGGCGAUAACUUGGUGAACCUCGGCGAUUUGGUCGUCGGAAAUGUGGUGAGCUUUCGCUCGUCGAGACUGGGUGCCCGCUACGAAGGAAAGAUCUUCUUCUUCACGCCGCACAACACGAGAUUCGGGAUCGAGAAAGUGACGUGUAUCGGAAGUAACGGGAAGAGGAUUGACUUGAGUGGCGUUUACAUUAACGGUCUCCAGUACAUUGAGGACUUAAGGGUGAUAGAACGUGCUGACCCAAAUGCUGUGUCUGAUGAGGAUGAAGAGAUGGCUGAUGCAUCAUCAGGUAACAACAAUCAAGCUGCAAGAGGAGGACCAAACGCUAGCAACACACAGGCUGGUCAGAACAGUAAUGGCGCAUCUGGUGCUACAAAUGUGAAUCAAGCUGCAAGAUCAGGCUCUAGCAAACCUCAGGUUCGUCAGGUCGGAAGGUUUAGGAUUUCUUAA